CAAAAACACGCCAAUCACAACAAACACAUCCUGUGUGCGGUCACAUCGGCAGCAACAUUCCCUCUUUCUUGCUCUGAUUUUCCACCCCCAAAAUGAGUCAGGGAAAUUCGACCAGCAAAACGCCAACCGACGAAGACACAGCGCUCGUUUUGAACACGGAUCCGAAAGUCGUCACCAAGGCGGCGGAACUGCUGCAACGGAUCAACACCCAGGUGGUGGAUAAGAACCUCGACCGGGUGCUCGAAGCUGUGAAGAUCGUAGACCUGACGUGCGAUUUUAAGGGAUGCAAGCAGAAAACCAACCUCGUCGGAACGGACUGCUCGUUUUGUAAGGAUCGGUUCUGCUUCAAACACAGCCUGCCGGAGAUACAUGGCUGUGGGGAAGCGGUUAAGCGCAAGGAGCGUGAACUGUUCCUGCAUCCCAUGACCGGCAAAGCGAAAGCGGAACAGUACGAAAAGCAGAAGGCACAGGUGCGCUUAACGCAGAAGCUGAAACAGAUGUCACUGGAGCGGAAACAAAAACCAUCGUCCGGGGGAAGUAGUACUAAAGCGACCGGAAGCACAGGCGCUACAGGCGGUCGGGGCGGUGGAUCAUCCAGUAGGGGUGGAAGGAGACGACCGAACAACCCGUAACCAAAACCGGAACCCCAACUACCGUUUCGAAAAUCGUUUAUUUAUUAUGAUCCUAAGUAUAGAAGUAAAUGUUAUGUGUAGCGUGAUAGGCCAAAAGCCAGCAAAUAAAUCGACACAACGGUGUGGCCGCUUUUUGUAA